GAGGUCGGUGAGCAACAGAAACCUCAGAUCAGGAGAGAUAGGAGCAGGAGAGCAGCUGCGAUGGCUUCAGGAAUCCUGGUGAACAUAAAGGAGGAGGUAACAUGCCCCAUCUGCCUGGAGCUCCUAACAGAACCCAUGAGCCUGGACUGUGGGCACACAUUUUGCCAAGCCUGCAUCACUGCAAACAACAGGGACUCCAUGAUUGGCCAAGGAGAGAGCAGCUGCCCUGUGUGCAGGAUCACUUACCAGCCUGAGAACCUGCGUCCCAAUCGACAUGUGGCCAACAUUGUGGAGGUGCUUAGGGAGGUCAAGUUGAGCCCACAGGAGGAGCAAAGGACAGAUCUCUGUGUGCGCCAUGGAGAGAAACUCCUGCUCUUCUGCCAGGAAGAUAAGAAGAUCAUUUGCUGGCUUUGUGAGCGGUCUCGAGAGCACCGUGGUCACCACACCUUCCUCAUGGAGGAGAUUGCCCAGGAGUACAAGGAAAAGAUCCAAGCAGCUUUGGAAAGGCUGAGGGCAGAGCAGAAGGAAGCUGAAAAAUUGGAUGAUAACCUUGAAGAAGAGAGAACUUCCAAGAAGGAUAAAAUAGAAAAUGACUUGAAAAGUGUCCAGGAUUAUUUUAAACAACUGAGAGGUAUCCUGGCCAGUGAGGAGCAAAAGGAGCAGCAAAGGCUGGAGAAGGAGGCGGCACAGAAUCUCGAUGACCUGGCUCAGGCAGAGAGUGAGCUGGCCCAGCAGAAGAAGUUGUUGAGAGAUCUUAUCUCAAAUCUGGAGCAUCUGUUGCAGGGGUCAACAGUAGAGUUGCUGCAGGAUGUGAAAGACACUAUGGAAAGGAGUAAGACCUUCACUGUGAAGAAGCCAAGAACUCUCCCCACGAAGCAAAGGACAGUGUUUCAAGCUCCUGACCUGAGAGGGGUGCUGGAAGCCUUUACUGAACUGACAGAUGUGCGACGCUCCUGGGUACACGUGACCCUGGAUCCUCCCACGGAUAAAUCAGAUAUUGUCAUUUCUGCAGAUAGGAGACAAGUGAAACCUGCCUUUUAUUUGAGAACACAUUAUUUGUAUCAGAAAGGUUAUUAUGAGGAUUAUGGUGUCCUGGGGUCACCUCCUAUCACAUCAGGAAAACAUUACUGGGAGGCAGAUGUGUCAGAUAAAUAUGCCUGGGUUUUGGGGAUGUAUUGUGAAAAAUGUCCUGACUCCAAUAUGAUGGAUUUUGUAAAACAAGACAAAAAACAUAUUAUCGUAAAACACGGUAAAAAACAUCUGCAUGUUUGCUCUAAAUAUCAACCUAAAUAUGGCUACUGGGUUAUAGGGCUACAGAACCACUCUGAAUAUAAGGCUUUUGUGGAUUCUGCCUCCUGUGACUCCACGACCUUAACCCUGUACCUGGGUGUUCCUCCCCGUCGUGUUGGGGUUUUCCUAGACUAUGAUGCUGGCACUGUCUCAUUUUUUAAUGUCACUAACCAUGGGCUUCUCAUAUAUAAAUUCACUUCAUGUUCCUUUUCUCAGAAAAUGUUUCCGUAUUUCAAUCCUAUGAAAUGCACUGCCCCCAUGACACUGUGUUCUCCAGGCUCUUAAACCUCUUACACCCUCACCCACUUCUCUGGAGUGUCUCUUGCCUUGGGUGCAUCUAAUGAGUUGAGCUUAACAUUCUCACCAUCUUUUCCAUUCUCUCUCUUUUUUUUUUCAAUUUGAACACCCUUC